GCUUGGCGGGCCGGGGAGCUGCAGCGGCGACGUCCUCACCUUUCUUUCGCUUUCCCUCGAGUUGCUCGGGAAAGCGGCGAUGAGGCUGCCGGCUUGGCUGGGGCGGCUCCUGCUCGUUGCGUCCCUCCUCCUGGCACACAUCCACUGCGAGGAAGUGUUUGGCAUCGUGGGAGAAAAUUUUACCUUUCCAGUAAAAAUAGACCAAAAACCAGUGGAAAUUUUGUGGACAAAAAACAAGGAUAAAGUGGCUGAAUGGGAGGGGCAAAGCAAAACAACAUAUUUUACUUCUCUCCGUAACAGAGGCUUGCUUAAUGAGGAGAAUGGGUGCCUGACUAUAUUUAACUUGGAGAACAGUGAUACUGGCACAUACGUGUUAGAAUACUUGGAUUCUAUGAAUAAAAAAUAUAACUUAACCUUUGCACUUGCUGUGUUAGCUCCCCCUCCAGAACCUGAAAUAAGUUGCAACAUCAGUGGUGGUGACCUUGCGUUAAAAUGUACAGGAGAUUUCCAGAAGCCUCUGAUUUAUACUUGGAAGUUCAGUAGCUUACCAGUCACUCAUCAGACCCAGGAAGUUUUCAUCUCUAAGAAUGUUGAUGCUUCCGAGAAAGCUACAUGUAUCAUUAAAUUCUCUCAAACGGAAAAGAGCUCUGAAAUCUCUUUAACUCAAUGCUUUCCAAAUAGACAAGGAGACAGCUAUGACAAAAGAAGCAGAGGCGGCCUUAUUGCAGCUUUUGUUAUCUUAAUUCUAGUAGGAAUACUAGUAUUCCUAUGCAGAAGAGGUAGAACUAAACUUGUUAGAGGAAAUGCUGCUCAGAACAACAGUCCAGUGUGUGGCUCAGGAGAACAUAAGCCACUUUGCUCUGUGGAGAGUCAAGAACAGCUUAACUCAGACAGAGAGCUCUCUACCAAGCAGAACAGCACCCCGAUGUCCAAGUGUGCAGAUGACCAUGGUGUAACCGAGGGAGACAUCUCUAAGGAGGACAACAGCAGCUUGCAGGACAAGCAUGCAGAUGACGAUGGCGUAAAUGAGGGAGAAGUGACCCGGGGUGCAGAAGGUGGAAAUGAGAAGCGCCUGAGCAACUCUUCCAGCUGCAGUAAAGAAGAUCUUAAAUCAGAAGCAAAGAAUUGCUCUGUGGACCAAACAACAAUGGAAGAGAAGCGGUAGAAUUCAACAGUGAAGGAGCUGCUAUUUUUUCUUUUGGGGGUUUUCCACCAGCACUUAAGUCAUCCAUAAAGAAGUGCUUUGAAGACCAGCUGAGCUGUUCCCAGUGCCCAUUUUUCUUUCUCAGGACGGACAGACUCUUUUUCUAGUGUUAUUGCAUGAAGAUAAAUAGGCCAAAUCAUGCACAAAAUGUUUUCUAUUGUUUUGUAUCCAAUUUUAACAAACAGUGCUCUACUAACACAGAAUGUAAGAGCUAAGGACUUUUUUAUAAGUGGUAUUUAGAGCUUAACAAAGUCAGACCCGUUUGCAUGAAUGCAGAUAAAUCGAAAACUAAUCAGCUUUCUAUGGAAUUUUGGAUCAGUACCUUUUUAUAGUCAGAAGAAAGAUGGUUCAUCCUUCAGCAGUUCCAGAUGGAUGGAAGUUCACCUUUGCUAGUCUCACUUCUCCAGCAGAAGCUCAAUGCUCCAGACAAAUAUUCUCCGAGAUAGCUAUCUCCUGAAAUUGGCAGAAGACUGGCAAACUGAUCAUCUCCUAAUGGUGGUUGACUUUGUGAUAAAGCUACAAUUCAGUUUACUGCUGCAUUGAAAUGAAGCUGCUGCUGUUAGCAGUGGUUUGGGGUUUUUUUCUUAGAACUUUUGAUGUCUUUUGCACUUUUGGGGUUCUUUUUUUAUGUCUUAGCUCUGCUUCACAUUAUUCUAAAAGAAUGUCAACCUUAUUUCUAAAGAAUAAUAUAUUUUAGGUUGCUUGUGACUGGAAAGAAAACUUGAAAACUGAGGUCAUAAAUACACUGAAGCUCAAAAAGAAUCAGAAAAAAGAAUACCAUGUAUUAAUUUUUUCAGAACAUCAAGCUAUGGAGUGUGUUUCAUGAUUUCUGCAUGCUGAUUGUCUAUGAAAGCUGAAAGCCAUUUCAGUUGACUGUGAACUUGGUAUGUGUAAAGAAUCAUGAAGGUUUGACAAUGAUAACCAGAGAUCAGAAACUCCUCCUUCAUCUUCUCUCUUGUUUCAACUUACGCCCAUUAUCUCUUGUUCCCCCACCACGCACUACUAUGAAGAACGUGUCUCCAUCUUCUUGAUGAUCAGCUUGUAGGUGCAGGAAGGCUGCUGUUAGGUACCCUCCCAAAGCCUACUCUUCUCCAGGCUUGAACAAGUAUGGUGCUUUCAGCUUCUCCUCGCAGUUCAGGUGCUCUGACCAUCUUGGUAGCCCUCCACUGGACUUACUCUAAUUUUAUUGAUGUCUAUCUUCUUGAAGGGGCUCAAAACUUCCUUACCCUGAUCUUGUGUCCUGUAGCAUGCUCCAACCAUGUUGUCAUCCCUACUGGCCUUUUCUGGGAUCCUGACCCACAAACUCUCAGCCUGUCACCUGCUCUGUAUCAGAGCUUCAUACACUCAAGCCACUCUUUCACAGUGAACACAGCCUCUCUUCUCUUCCUCCUUCCAUUACUUUCCUGUAGAGCUUCUGCCCAUCUGCUACAGUGCUCCAGUCAUGCAAGCUAGCUCACCACGUCUCGGUUAUUCCAACAGUGUUGUAGUUCUGUGAACACAUGGAGAACUAUAAUUCUCCCAUUAUUCUCCCAUGCUUGCUUUCCAUGCAGCAUGUAUUUGUGCGUGUACCUUUAUGCUGCCUUCUGCCAUUUUUUUUUUAAUUACUGCUGAGGUCUCUUUUGUUCCCAUACUUUGGAGCCCUGUCCACUACUACUUAACUGUGGGUUGUGAUCUCCCUUCCCAUCAUGCCUACUUCAGAGCUUUCCUCAUGAGGUUGGUGAGCCUGUUGACAAAGAUUUUACAUUAGGGAGCUCCAUAGAACAUUAAGCUACUUCCAUGUGCUUUUUCUGGUAGUGAAACCUAACUAACAGUUACUAACAGUUUGAGAAGUAUCACAGGUAAUUUAUGCCCCUGCCCUGUCCUGUUGUAGGAAGUAUAGACCCUACAGAAAACUUGAGAUCUUUCCUUUAUUGUUAUACAUACCAUCUUCUGCUCUUUGCAGCGGCACUGCAGGAGUGUUUAACAGGACCUUUUGUUAGAGGUAGACCAUCUUACCUCUACAGCUGUCUGUAAAUACUUGCUGAUAAUUUAUUAAAAAAAAACUUGUUAAGAUAUAAAAAACUUUGCCAUAUCCUCAUGGUCCUCAUGGUGCCUGAGGACUGGAGGAAGGCUGACAUCACUCCAAUCUUCAAAAAAGGCAAGAAGGAGGACCCAGGGAACUACAGGCCGGUUAGUCUCACCUCUGUCCCUGGGAAGGUAAUGGAGCGACUCAUUCUGGAUGUCGUCUCCAAACACGUUGAGGAACAGGAAGUUAUUGGAAGUGGUCAGCAUGGAUUUACCAAGGGCAAAUCACGCCUGACCAAUCUGAUAGCUUUCUAUGAUGUUAUAACGGGUUGGCUGGAUGAGGGGAGAGCCGUAGAUGUCAUCUACCUUGACCUUAGCAAGGCUUUUGUCACUGUCUCCCAUAACAUCCUCAUUAGGAAGCUGAGGAAGUAUGGGCUAGACGAGGUGACAGUGAGGUGGAUUGAGAGCUGGCUGAGUGACAGAACUCAGAGGGUUGUGAUCAGCGGCCCAGAGUCCAGUUGGAGGCCUGUAACCAGUGGUGUCCCUCAGGGGUCAAUACUUGGACCAAUUUUGUUCAAUAUAUUCAUUAAUGAACUAGAUGAGGGGACAGAGUGUAUCCUCAGCAAGUUCGCUGAUGAUACCAAGCUGGGAGGGGUGGCUGACACUCCAGAGGGCCGUGCUGCCAUCCAGCGUGACCUGGACAGGCUGGAGAGCUGGGCAGAGAAGAACCUAAGGAGGUUCAACAAAAGCAAGUGUAGGGUCCUGCACCUGGGAAGGAAGAAUGCCAAACACCAGUAUAUGUUAGGGGUGGACAUGCUGGGAAGCAGCUCUGAGGAGAAGGACCUGGGGGUCCUAGUAGACAGCAAAUUAUCCAUGAGCCAGCAGUGUGCCCUUGUCGCCAAGAAGGCCAAUGGCAUCCUGGGCUGCAUAGGGAAGAGUGUGGCCAGUAGGUCAAGGGAGGUCAUUCUCCCCCUCUACUCUGCACUGGUGAGGCCACAACUGGAAUACUGUGUCCAGUUUUGGGCUCCCCAGUUCAAGAGGGACAGGGAACUACUGGAGAGAGUCCCUCGUAGGGCAACCAAGAUGAUUAUGGGACUGGAGCACCUCCCUUAUGAGGAAAGGCUGAGAGAGCUGGGACUGUUUAGCCUGGAGAAGAGAAGGUUGAGGGGGGACCUGAUUAAUGUUUACAAGUAUCUAAAAGGGUGGGUUUAAGGAGGA